AUGGCUGAAGUGAGUGAUAGCAAUUUAGAUAAAACAACCAUUAUUCAGCAAGCAGUAGCCUCUUGUUGUGGAGCUAUAAUUACAUCAUUAUUUGGCAAAGCCCAAACUCUGACAGUCAGCUUUUUCAGCUUAUACCACAAGAGGCAAUUGAUGGCUGUUAGUAUGAUAACAACAGUAUCAAAAGUGGAUGAACUAAAACAUUCAAAGUUUGUUUUGCAGAGGUUGGCGGAUGAUAUUAGCAGAAAGUUACAGAAAGUGCAAGGGACAGAUAUGAAAGAUUUAGAGAAAUUAUUGGAGGCUGCGUGGCAAGUGUAUCAGAAUAGGGAUAGUCAGAAAGAGAGGGUAAUGAGCAAAACAAUUGCCAAUGCUACAGUGGCUGCCUUACGCACCACAGGGGGCCAGGUACCCCCUCGGAACCCAUCAGGAAACAACACUGUUGGAGGGAGGGGGGCCACGAGAAGCAGUAAAGCCCAGAUCCUGAAGAAAAAAGUAAUAUACUUGGGAUUUGUGAUUUCCAAGGGACAGAGACAGCUCGGAAAAGACCAAAAAGAAGCUAUUUGCAGGACUCCAGAACCGACCACGGUAAAAGAGCUUCAAACCUUUUUGGGAAUGACAGGAAAGUGUUUUGUAUACUCCAAUGGCCUUAUGGAUCAUAUAUGUGUUUGUGAGAAAGGGGACAACAAAGCAUGGUAUAAAAAACCUGGGCAUUUCAAAGGGAUGUUGGUAAGAACAUUUUACAUUUAUAUAAAACUAUACAUUGGAAACAUUUUAAAGUGGUAUACUGUAAAUUUAUUUUUAAUAAUGGCAAUUCCUACCACAGUAAUCUAUUUUACCUGCUAUGACCAACUGAGUGCAGCUCUGAAAUCUAGAGUAGGAAAGGAUGAUGAACACAUUCCAGUUCUUGCAGGUUCCUUAAGCAGAUUUGGUUCACUUACUGUAGUGAGCCCCCUGAAGCUGAUCAGAACUAGAAUGCAGUAUCGCAAGUUGUCCUACAAGCAACUGUACACAUGCGUCAGCAGUAAAGUGGCUACAGAUGGAUAGUUUUCCCUGUGGAGGGGCUGGAGUUCUACUGUUCUGAGAGAUGUACCUUUCUUAGCAAUGUACUGGUAUAAUUAUGUGUUUAAGAAGAUGAUACGCAGGGAAGUUGGUGCACAUGAACCAACAUUUUUUAUUGUUUUUACUUCAGGAGCAGCAUCUGGCUCUGUAAAUAUAUAUUUUUCUGUCAUAACUCUGCCAUUUGAUGUAGUGAAAAGACAUAGGCAGACUGAGCUUUGGGAGAGUAAGAUCUUAAAAAUUCCACAGAGGGACUGUACAUCAACCUGGGCAGUUAUAAGGAAAAUUGGUGCUAAGAAUGGGAUUACUGGAUUAUUUGCUGGAAUGGUCCCUCAAAUGUUUUUGGGAGGUGCAAGCUGUCAAGAGUCACAAAGCUCCAAGGCAGGGCCAGGCUGCCUGCCAGGAGCAUUCCCCAUACAUAGUUUGUAUGGGAUCACCUGUUUUGAAGGCCAAGUUGGAUAG